AUGAAGAAAAGCGUCUUUCAGGCCAAAGAAAACGAGUUCAGCGGACUUAAGACAGUGCUUUGUCAAGCAAGGAAUGCAUUGCUUGAUAAGCAUCUCCAAAUUGGGCCAAUCAAUCUGUCAAGUCUUCACAAGUAUCUUGUUAUUCAUGCCUCGUUGACUUCAAAGAAAUUGAAGCCUGUAGUAGCAACUUCAACAUGCACAUCCGAAGAAACCUUGGGUGAUCGAAGAAGAGUAUGCCGGUCAAAUCUGUUGUACCCUCAAACAGAGGAGCCAGAGCGUCAAGUGUUGGCGCAAUUUGCGAGAAAAGGCGUUGUUGAACUUACGCCUCGUAAGACUAAGGCUGUUCAAAAGAAGAACUACGGGACGAAGAAGCGUAAGAGAGAUAAUGGAAAAGCUAGCGAAGUUGAUGUCAACGCUCGAGUAAGUACGGGAAGCGAGUAUUUUGUAGAUUUCUUGAGUUCCCUUAUGGAUGCUUUAGAUCAAUGCAAAAUGCAGGGCCGUUAUCUUGUUAUGCAUCAUUCUGCUAUCCAUAAGGUCAAUGAAUCUCAAGAGUUGAUAGCAUCAUGAGGCUAUAUGAUUGCAUACCUUCCUUAUUACUCGCCUUUUUCUUGAAUCCCAUUGAUUUGUUUUAGUCGAAGAUCAAAGGUAGUAUUCGAAUAGAUUGCCUUAGUGUUAAUGACAGUCUCAGCCUUUUGAAUCGCUGAAGUUGCCAAGAAAGUUUCCCAACAAGACUGCGCAAAUUAUAUAGCCAUUCUAGUCAUUUUUUGACAGAUGCUUGUUUCUUGAGCCAAUGCUUUAAGUAUAUAAAUUUGUCCGCAAAAUAAAAAUGAAAAUCCGCAAAAAUUCAUAAGCUCAGUUAAAGACUGCAUUAGCU